AUGGGCGGCGGAGAUCUCACUAGAAACUUUUGUAAGAACAGAAAAGCUUGCAAGACUGAGUGGAUCUCAGGUCGCUUGCGUGAUGGGGACUCUAGUCAAGAUGUUUGCACUAAGCUAUCUGAUUGCGGUCGAAGUGUCGUCUCAAUUUCUUUAUGCAAUGGAGACAUAACCUUAUUUUCAUGCUCGGGCAUGGCUAUAGGACAUGAAGGGUACCGUAUUACAAGGUUUCUAAGUUCUGCAAGUUUGGUUAGGGCUUUACAUGGUAAAACAAACGAGCACUAUUUUGACUUAAAGAUUGAAGUGCGCCGUGAAGGCAAGGAAGUAUAUAGGGGUUUUAUGGGUGAAUAUGAUUUAGUUCACAACGUUGCUGUUGUCAAAGUCUGUGGCUUCCGUGAUGUUACUGUUGGAAAUUUCCAUCGUAAGCUGAAAUCUGUGCCCCAUGGUGAGGCAUGUGUAGUUGGACGUGAUGUCUCUGGUGACCUAAUGGCCAAGAGUGUGGAAUUGGGUGAAGAUUUAAGGGCAUAUGUGGAUGAUAAAGAUCUUGACAGUAAAACCUCAAUGUCAGCUGGCAUGAUUUUGGUCAAUGCUUUUGAAGAGCCUUUUGGCGAUAUACGUGGUGAAGGUGUUUGGGCAAAACUUGGUGAAAAAACUUCUUCUAGAAUAAAUCGCAGUGUUGUCGCACUGGCUUCAUUCAAUGGAGAAAAAAGAAAUUUUGCAUGCACGGGUUUUUUUAUUGGAUGGAAUGGAUCUACAAAGAUUUUGACAUCGGCAAGCUUGAUUAGAAAUUCUGGUGACGAGAACAACAUUGUUGAAAACUUGAGGAUUGAAGUGUUGCUUCCAAGCAACAGAAGCAUAAAUGGGACGUUAGAGCAUUAUGAUCUACAUUACAAUGUUGCUCUAGUCAGUGUCAAGAAUUGCUAUAAUCUUCGUCCAGCAAAUACUCUUGCUUCUUGGCCUAUGUGUUCUGAUGUUGCAGCCAUAGGGCGUUGUUUCAAAUCACGUGAAUUAACGGCUACGAGUGGGCAGCUAAUUUUCUCGACAAGCGCACUUGAUUGUUUCUUACUUCCAUAUUCCUCGUGCAAGAUUACUAAGCUUGGGAUUGGAGGUCCUCUUGUUACUCUGGAUGGGGAUGUUCUUGGCAUGAACUUCUAUGAUAAGAAGAUAGGAACCCCUUUCCUGUUUUGGGCAGACAUUCGUAAAAUUUUAGCAUCGUUUGACAAAAGAAGGUGGCCUGUGCCCAUGCCAUGCUGA